UAAAAGUAGUUGUAAAACAACGUUUCUUCGGAUAACAUGCCGUGCUGUUUUGUUCGUGGUGACCAGUCGAAAUCAGUGCUCAUAGCGGGAGGCUAGGCUACCAGGUGCUAACUUGGCUCCAUUGGCUCAUGAAACACGUGCUCUUGAGCAAGAAGAAAGCCGAAAACCGAAUCAAAAAGUUCUAACAGACUGGACUACAUGAUUACAUAAUUGUUUUGUACUUUCGAUACAAAACCAAUUAGGUUCGAUGUAAGUCCAACUGUCCACAGUCAGAGUCGAAUUAAUUUCCAGUGGCAGUGAAGCGCAAGUGACUAGCGUGACAGUGACCAUGAAGAACACUAGUGGCGCAUUCUGGAUUAGUGCAUUUUACGGUGCUUGCGGUUCGAUUGUCGGUUCACAAAAGGCGGAAACGAAGCGCCACUAGAAAAAACCUUCCGCAGAACAUUUGUUUGGCUUUCGAGAUACAGCCUAAGAGGUCACCAUCAAUCCUGCCUUUCUAGAUGAUACUUGACAUCCAGGUGUCACCAACAGCAAACCCAUCUCGCGAGAAUGUCCUCGAAACCAGCGACCCCGCUGGAAGUGCGACGCAUUUUCCCGGGCGAAAACGAAAGCACCCGGAUCCCGAUGCUUUCGCCAACCCCUUUUCGCCGGACCCAGUCGUUGCGUAUGCGCACUAGCCAGAGCUUCCAUGACUACCAACAUUACCGCCUGUGUAAGUGUGGUAGUGGAAAUAUGCACCAUCCAGCGAAUCUAUCAAGUCCUUCGUCAUCGAGCAUAAAAGUGAAAAAUUCCUACUCCAAUGGGGGCAAAUCAAAUAGUCUCCAUCACCGUCCGCCGGCGGGUGCCUCAGAGGAGCCACUCGGCACAGGAGACCCUUCGGCUGGUGGCCGUAAGGACUCGUCAGCCGGCGGAAGUGUACAACUGCCGAAUGGUAUAAUCUAUCACAGCUGCAGUGCUGGUACAAUACCGUCGGGGCAGAAAUCUUCGUCCCUGCAGUCAACUCGCAAAAACAGCCUGACGAAAAAUGACCGUGGAAUGUCACUAAAUCUGCUCAAUUCCGGUCACAGUGCGAGUUGUAAUAACAGCGCCCAGAGAUCGCCACGCCGGCCGCACACGCCUUGCGAAUCGACCUCCGGGACGCCGGGACACAACACGGGCCUGCGCAAGAGCAGCCUCAGCCCGAAGACGCCACCGGUGUCGCCGGAAUCACCCGGCACCAGCUAUCUGGACGACGAUUUAGACUCGCUGCACAGCUACAGCAGCUCGAUUGCGAGCGGAAUGUCGUGCGAUCAUCCGUAUGUGGCACGCAACGGUACCACGUUCAGUGGACGCAAGAUGAAAUAUGUCGUGCACUGCUCGAGUCACGCCGGUCAAACGGGGGAGGAUUACCUCACCCCGACCCAGCGGGCCCAGCGUCAAAUCAGGCGGCUGAAGGAACUGCUUACCCAUGCCCGCAUGGACUUGGAGCAACGUGAUAGUGAAAUUUUAAGACUUACCAAAGAGGUUGUUGAGCUGAGACUUUUCAAGGCGUCGUUAAGCUCCCCGGAGGAACGCUCGAACUCUAGUGAUGCCGUGACUGUGCGCGAAAAUACAACCAAUGACGCGAACACCCCUAGCUCGCAGGGUAUCUCGCCGAUUGUAGAUCAACCUGAUGACGGUAUAAAGGCAAGCCCUCGACAUCAGCUUCACAAUCAUGGCAUCCACCAGGUUCAGUUUAUCGAUAAAAUGUCUACAUCGGAAAUGCAAAGCUCUUUCGCCGAUUCCGGUCACUUCGAGGACAUUACGACUUCGUCAAUUCAUUCGAAAGAUUCGUAUGUGCACACGCAGGAUCGUGCUUGCGGAAGUGACGAGGAUAUGAAUGCCGAGAAGCAACGGCUGAUCGAAAUGUACGAGACACGCAUCGAAGAAUUGGUCAAAGAGCACCAGGCAGAGGAGCAGGACAUUCGAAUGUCUAACAAUGAUCGCAUCGAGGCCCUGUUGCAGAAGUUAGCCGAAUCCAACAGUAGAUACUGUGAUCUGGUUCCAGACUACGAGCAAGCUAAGGAGCGCAUCCGCGAGUUGGAAAAACAGCUUGAGGAGCUCCACGCUCAGCUCCAGGCCCAUGAGGAUAAAGCUAAUAAGAUAUAUCUUCACAUGUACACCAAAGGUCAGGGUGGCGAAAGACACCAGCAAAAUGAUCGUUCACUCGAAAUGGCCCGUCAGUCUCCCAGCCGGGUAUCGGUACCAGAAUUAAUGCAACAACUUCAAGUAACCCAGGAAGAAUUGGAGAACAUACGGGAUACAAGCUAUCAGCCAGAAAGCGGAAGUUCACAGGUUUUACUGAGUGCAAAAGAAGCCAUCUCGCUUUGGCUUUUGGGUGCCCGGAAGACCAUGUACAAGCGGCUAGUUGAUGCGCAACAAACGAAGAAUAAGGUCGAUCCGGAAGUUACACUGCAGUUCCUGAAGAGUGCAAUCUACUACUUUCUAACGGAUAAGGAGAACUCGCAGGGACACCUGAAUGCAAUCGAGAGCAUCCUCGGAUUCUCCGAUACGGAAAAAUCUAACAUUGAUAAGGCACGGGCGUACAAGUGAACAAAACGAUGGACGUGAAAACAAAUGUUGUUAUACUAGCUAAGAUUUUAAUGUUAUUAACUAUUAUAUCAAAUGCAAUUAAACAACGGAAAGAAACACUGGCUAGUGGCUGAAUCACUUGCAAUCAUAUUAUACGAAUCACAUUUGCAGUAGAAAAUGUGGCUAUAAUAGAUUUUCGCUGCUAUUUCUGCGACACGCUAUUUUAUUAUUAAGUUCCUUUUAAUAUUUAUUUAUCCUACCCAAUACAGGUAUCAUCAACCCAUUUAGGAAACUACAUUAUGUACGAUGGCUUACAGUAUUUUCAACUUGAAGAGAAAAAGAGUUUAUUCUAAUAAGUUGAUAGAAGUAUUAUUUCUUGAUGAUUCACUAUUCUUUUAUAUUCGGGCAUGCUUUCAUUAUUAUUUAUCUGAGGAUGAGGGCAUAAUAGAAAAUUAUUUUUGCAUCAGUAAAAUAAACUUACCGAUCGAUGAAAUAAUUACCACUACACAGUCUUGUGAAUAUUUAUGUAAGAACCAUUACUCAUCACAGCUCGAUAGAAACCAAAACAGAUACGUCCACACAAAACGUGAACUAUGGCUUUCGAUACUACAUAGACCUCAAAAGUAGCUGCAACAUACGGUAUUUUGCUAGAACAAGAAACAACCAUUAGUUAGAUUCGCUGCUUUUUGUUCUCAUCGGCUGAAUUCGCGGUUAUACAGUUUGAGGUCACUCUCUAAAUUAUCAGCCGCGGAUUAAUGCACAUAUUUCACAACAUAUGUUCAGGCUUGAAGCAAGAGUACGUGAUAUUUUAUACGAGAAUAGCAGCAACUCAGCCGUUUUUCCAUCAGUUCGGAUAGUGCCUAUUUUAAGCAGAAACAAACGUAAAAGAAAGUUCAGAAAUCUAAAUAUCGACAUUUUUGAUGUUUAAUCUAACGUUUCUCGACAGUUAAAUCUAGAACGCUUAAAUUAGCUCGAUUUGAAUAAAGCCUAACAAAAUAGACUAUCCAAAAAAAAGAGGAGAAUGCAAGAUUUUAAAAAAUAACUAUGGAAAUACUGGAAUGGUCUGUAACUACACGCUCUAAUAGAAGUUGGUUUAUGGCAAUGGAAUUUAUUCAAUUGUUGCAUAUAAAGCACACACCAAAAUAGAACAAUGAAAGAUGAGAAAUGUA